AAUUAAUUUUGUGGGUGGGGCUGGGCCCACAGGGUGGAGAGAUGGUGUGGCUUGUUAAUUAAAACUUAUACAUGUACGUUUUUUGAAGACGUCCUCGCAGCUCUGUUGUCAAAGAUGCUUGGAAGAACAGUGAGAUGGCGCCCUCUGUGUGCACAGCUUCAGCGCCCAGUCACCCUUGUUGGCUCCCCUUCCCUGCUCCCCACAAGAAGGUAUGCCCACCAACUAAAUGAGGAGUUCCUUGUAGAGAAGCCUGGGAUAAAAGCAAAGUUGUUUGAUGGCAAGAAACUGGCAAAUGUUAUCAACAGUGAGGUGGGCGAAGAAAUCAAGAAGAUGGUGGCUCAGGGAGAAAGAGCCCCACACCUCGUGGCUGUGCUAACAGGUGAUGACCCUGCUUCUAAAACGUACGUCUCCAACAAGGCCAAAUCAGCAGAUAAGUGUGGGAUGAAUGCGACCACUAUUCUCAAAGAUGGCUCCACCUCAGAGGAAGAACUUUUGGCCCUCGUAGACGACUUGAAUAAUGACGACGGGGUGGAUGGUAUCUUAGUACAGCUGCCUCUACCGAGUCACAUAAACACUAACAGAGUCAUGCAGGCAGUGUCACCUGCUAAAGAUGUCGAUGGAUUCCACAUCCAUAACAUUGGCUUGUACUGCUCGGGGAACCCAAGUUCCGCCCUAAUACCCGCCACGCCCCUUGGAAUACUGGAGAUGAUCAAACGCUGCAACUUCCCAACAUUUGGCAAAACUGUUUGCAUUGCCAACAGGACCAAAAACAUAGGCUUCACCCUGAACACUCUGCUGCACAGUGAUGGCACUGGGGACGCCACAGUGCUCCAGACCCAUGAGCAUACACCCCGAGAGCAGCUCAAAACCAACUGUCGACAAGCAGACAUUGUUAUUUCAGCCACUGGAAUACACAAGCUUAUCACAGCGGAUAUGGUCAAGGAAGGAGCUAUGGUCAUUGAUGUCGGCAUUAUUCCUAUCAAGACCAAAAGUGGCAAAAUAAAGAUUGUAGGUGACGUGGACUUUGAACCCGUGGCUCAAAAAGCAGCUGUCAUAACUCCUGUUCCUGGAGGGGUGGGACCUCUGACCGUUGCUAUGGUGAUCCGGAACACUUUGUACAUUGCUCAAAAGAGUCUACGUUUUGACUUCAAAAGCAUUCACGAAGACAAAAAUUGAACAAAACUUUCAGAGAGGAUUAUUUUUGUUUUCCCAAAGAAUGUGCUUUUCAAAUAGUUAUAGAAUUUUGAUGUUACAAAAACCAAGACUUAGUAACAGUCUUGAUGAUUAGAAAUUCAUAUUGCAUUUUGUAUACAG